UAGACAGAAAACUUUAAAAUUUCUCAAGUAUCGCAUAGUUCUGAAAAAUAAACACUAUUUGAUGGAAAAAAAUAUAGUCUACAGGAUAAAGAUUUGGUGACAAAAAUAAGAUCAACUAUUCUGCAUUAAAAUUGAGUGAUGAUUCACACACGAUCCAAAUAUCGCAGAUUAGAGCUGUUGAUGAAAAAUGAUGUCCCAGGGCAAUCUGAAAUCCGCGAAAGAAUGGGUCCGUUAGUAGCGGAAGUAUUUUUUGAUUAUUGUCACCGAGAUUCGAGAAAAUUAUUGGGCAUAAUUCGACCGCUCAAAACUCCGCGAGAAGAGCUUUGGAUUUCACCAAGCGAUCAAUUUGUUGAAAAAGUCGUACUUGUUCCACCUUCAACUGAUAACGAUAUCAAAGCAUGCACUCAUCAGAGAAUAUUAGCCAUAGGCCAACUAGCUAUCGAAAAACAUGAGCGUGAGCUGUACGAAAAAUUCGUUAACAAAUAUGAGCAAGAAAAUGAAGAGAGUCGUAAUAUGUUCGAAGCGGAAAGAAAAAGAGCUGUUACACUCGCCGAUGAAAGACUUGAAUCUAAAUACAACAAUAUUAUUCAAUGUCUGCAGAAAGAGUUCAAAAGGAAGUUGCAGAGCGCUAUUACGGAAUCAUUCAAAAAAUGCAACAAAUCGAUGCAGAAAGCAGUUAUUAGGGAAAGGGUUGAAGUCACGCAGACGAUGUUGAAAAAAUUUCGAGACGAAAUCGGCUACGUUGUAACAACUAUGUACGAAGGGUUCGAUCGAUCCCUACGCGCACAAAAGGAAAAUAUGAUUGCUGAAUUCAACGAAAUUCUCAGACGAGAGCACGGGAAAAUCGAUGCUGAGAUACGAGAAAUGGACCGUCGCAAGAACGAGUCGUUGCAAAUUCAGCGAACCGAACUUGAAAUGCAAAACUUUGCUGAUAUCACUUACAUUCUUUGUUUGGAACGUAUGCGUUCUAGUUCUGAAAAAGAUUCCAUGCACGUCUGUUUUGAGAAACAGAUCGAGUCACUGAAAGAUCUUCUGAAGAAAGCGAACGCAGUUAUAAGUCUGAUGAAAAAUGAAAAUGGCUCAAAGUUUGAAAAAACAUCCGAAGAUAGAUCUUUGAGAGUCAAGCUUAUUAAGAUCGUUGGAGAGUUUCAAAAAUUCAUAAACUUGGCUCUGAAGGCUAUUCCAGGGCAGGCGGAAUUUCUGUUGUCUUUAGAAUCGUUGUUGAGGGCUGAAACUGACGAUAAGUUGAAAGAGAACAAUCAUUCAACGGCUGUGCAACGAUCUGAUCAAAAGUUGCAACAGACGGACGAAAUUGAUGUGAAUUCAAAAUUAGAAAUACUUGAGACAGUCGAUUCUUGGGGAAGAAAAUGGAUAGCCAAUAAGCAACCGAUUGCCGAUCUUUCCGGUGUUAAUUGCACUGAAGAUCAGCUGAUGUCUUCGAUGCUAGUGAAAUCGGAAAUUGCCAUCUGCUCGGAUAAGGACUACCUUCGAAGAGGUUCAAGACCAUCGAUAGCAUCUUCGAAUAGUUGCGGAUCGCUGCCCUUUUGUUAUUUAGAUAAAGUUAUGUACGUCAGAUCUAACUAUGACAAAAAUGAAAACGAAGUUGUCGAUAAAACAAUUUCGGGAUUGGCCAAAGAUUCGCGUUUCAUAAUGGAGUUGAAGAAACCACAGAAAAAUAGCGCCUGUAAACCGAAAAUUGUUGAAAACGUGAAGGAUUCAAAAUGCUAAGAAACCUAAUCCGAGGCAGAUUUUCAUCAAGAUUAAAAAUUUCAUGCUAGCUAAAUGAGAGGUUACAUUACUUAAAAAAAAAUGGUUCAUUGUCCAAGGUAAUGAUUGAAUUAAAUAUAAUUUAAAAUAUAUUGACAACGUUUUAUAGAGAUCGAAAUUUCCGAUAGACAUAAAUAGUACCAAACCGAUGACUUCCCCCAAUCGAAACUUCCGCAGAUGAAGUUCAGAGUGAUCGUAUCGGACAUAUUCAGAAACCUGAUGAUUUCACACGUGCGAGAAUACGUGGUUUGAUUAAAAUUUCCAAACAUCAUUCAAGUCUCAAGCAGAUUAUGAUACCAAAAAUAAACUAAUCAGCGCCUUAUAAUUGAUUCUUAUAAAAGAAUAUCUACAGACGUUUUCAGUUUGAAUGGAAUGAAUGAAAAAUGUUUCACGUAUCGUAUAGAUUUAUCUGAUACAAAAAAGAAAAAAACAAAGUAACAAUUCUUUAAGACAAGAACCUAUGAUGUUACGUGCUUACGUAAUACAUAUAAAACUUCAUAAACAAUAUUUAAUGUUUUGUUUUAUUAUUUUUUUUUUUCUGUGGCUUCGUUCUUCGUAUGUUUGUUUCUUUUUUUCAACUUAUUUUAUAUAAUACAACAAUAAUUAUGGUUUCGCAGCAUCCAUAUCGUUAUAUCACUAAAUCUCAUACGUUCAUUUACAAUUGCAACCGUGUUUCAUUUUCUCUUUUUUAUACACAAUUCGUUUUCUCUUUUUCUUCAUUUGUCGCUAUUCUAGCACGAAAAUACGGCCACGAUGAUUUUAAAAUACGUUUUUCGCAAAGAAAUGCCAUUUGCCAGUCUUUUUGAAGAAUGCUUGAGCUAUUGUAUGGAUAUAUCUAUACAUGUAGACGUAUAGUAUGUUAAAUGUAUGUAUGCCUAAUCACAGUAAUCUAAUAAAUUUUUCUUAGAUUUGUA